GUUUCUUUACAUCUUGUAAAUACUGUGUUAAAAAAUUAAUUCCGAACGAAAUAUUAGGAUUAGAUAACGCUAGUUUCAUUCUAAGAACAUUGUAAACUGAGUACUUUCUGCAGCUAUUAAAUUCAACUAACUAAAGUCUUAUAACAGUGGAAAUAUAAUUGCGAUGUCUCACCCUAAAGGUGGCAGAAAAAAUCGUCAGUAUCACGGCAAUAAGAAAAUCAACAUUGGCGACAAAGGAAGAGAGGUAGUGAAGAGUAUAAAUGAGGAUAGUUUGAUUGUGCAACAAUUUCGUGCUUAUGCAGCUGAAUUAGACGAAAAACACGAUCGUUUCGAGAGGAUCGUGAAAAUUGGUAGAGAUAUUAACAUAGAAAGUAAAAAAAUCAUUUGUCUUUUACAUAGCAUAGAUAAAGAAAGCAAAGAAGAAAGCGUGCUACAAGAGACUGAAACGAGACUGCAAAAUGUGGCUCAAAAUCUUUUCAAACGUAUUGCAUUGGAACUAGAAAAUCAAGAUUUUUACCAAUAUUUAAAAGUUUAUCGAGCUAGUUCAGAAGAAUACAUAGAAGCGCUUACUUUUUAUCAAUACUUGCAUAGUGGUAAUUUGCAAGGUUGGACAGAACUACAAAAAAUUAUUACUUAUACAACUUCUGACAAAUCUGAUAUCGAAACGUUAAAUACUUUGGUCACUCCAUAUGAAUACAUCUUAGGAAUCGCAGACUUGACUGGAGAACUCAUGCGUAAGUGUAUUAAUAAUUUGGCAACAGGAGACAUUGCUAGUUGUUAUCAAACGUGUAAUUUUGUCAGAAAUAUGUACAAGGGGUUUCUUAGUUGUACAAACAUGUCGAACAGAGAAAUGAACAGAAAACUUUUCACAUUAAAGCAAAGUCUUUAUAAAAUGGAAAAUGUUUGUUACACCAUUAAAGUGAGAGGUUCAGAAAUACCAAAGCAUAUACUUGUGGAUGUAGCAACUGAAAACUACGCGGAAAGCGACGAAGGAUACCAAGUGUAUUAAUCAUGUACACUAUAAAAUAAUAUAAACAUUUUAGAUGUUUACAAGCCAAAUUCAUAAAUUCCAUUAUUUUUCAAUGUUCCCUCGAUAUUGCUUACAUAAAUUUCAGUCAUAUAAACUAGACUUACCUAUAUGCUCCCAUCAGUAAAGAAUACCACCUAUUAUU